UCACUUUCUGUUUUGCUGAACCGAGACGAAAAGUGUCAGGUCACAAAGUCAGACUUUUUCUGUAAACCGAUCAUAGUUCGGGGAUUUCUGCGGAUGGAGAACAAGGAGGAGACACGCACCUGCGGCCAGUGCCACAAAGACGUCGCAGAGGCCAACUUCGCUCUGCACGAAACGCACUGCAAGCGCUUCUUGUGUCCCUGUCCUGACUGUGGUGAAUCAGUUCACAGAGAGCUACUGGACAAACACAGAGAGGAAGAGCACACACAGGUGAGAUGCUCCAAGUGUAACAAGAAGAUGGAGCAUCGUCACCUGAAGGAUCACGAGUCUGACGAGUGUGUGGAGCGUCUGCAGAGCUGUCAGUUCUGCGAGCUAGAGCUGCCGCACAAGGAGCUGGACGAACACAGUCUGGCCUGUGGGAGUCGCACUGAACGCUGCUUGGAAUGCGGCCGCUACGUCACCCUAAAGGACCAGGCCGAGCACGAACUGACCUGCUCAGCUGCUGACGACGACUCAGCUACUCCUCAGACUAGCAGCAAGCCGCCAUCAAACGAGAGAGUAACAGUGAUGUGUAACAGAUGUAUGAAAUCAAUUCCAGCUGAGGAUUUAGAAGAUCAUGAGCUGGAGUGUUUUCCAACAACCAGGCUGGACAAUGAAGAGGCUGCACCAGAGGAGGAAGAGAGUGACGAUGAGGAUGACUUCUACAGUGUGCAGGAAACUACUUGGCUAAGCAGCACCUUUAAGGCAAACUCCCUGUCAGACGAACCCAGCAGAGGUCCCUGGGGUGAUGAAGGUGACCCAUACCAGAUCAGCACCUGCCCCCACUGUCACCUGGCCCUGCCUAACUUCACACUACGCUGGCACACGGUGAAGUGCAAAAUCCACAUUCUCUUGAAAUAAAGAGACAGAGCUCGUCAGGAUGGACACGCUGCUUCAGAGAACUUUGAUCAUGUGUUAUUAGCAAAAGGAUGGAAAACUUACUGGGCUCCUUUUUUACAAAGGUUUACAUUUUGUUUUUAGUUUUAGUGUGUGCAUGGCUUUGUGCUCGCAUGAAGAGAAGGUGUUCUCAGAAAGUUCUCCGCAUCUCAGUAAACUUCACACUCCU